AUGGCACUGCUACUACUCUAAAGCCCUUAUCCCCAAUAAAUUAUUCAUUUACUUUUACUUACUAUUUUUGCAUUAAUACCGUUAAUCUUUCUUUCUGAAUUUUAAUUUCGCCAAUUUUUAAUCUAAUUCAAGUCAGAAGAAAAGUUUACAAAAUGCAAAUGUUGGCAUGUAAUUAUUCAUGUUCACUACCAAAAUCUUCACAUAAUCUCCAUGGAAUCAUUAUUAUCCCAAAGAGAUUCGUCUUCAUCGGUCGCCGCCAUCUUUUGUGCUCUGUCUCUAACGACGUCGUUUCCUCUAACCCCCUCAUCAUUUCCAGGGCUGUUAAAGAUGAUGCUGAAUCUGCACGUGAGGAAAUAAUUAGAUGUAGUCCUAGCACAACUCGGAGAAUGUUGCUUGCAAGUUUGUUCAUGUAUUUAGGGUUUUAUCCUACAAGGUACUUAUCAGCACAAGCACUAGGGGAUCCGUCUGUGACACUUGAACAAGUUACUCCGCCUGUUGUUCCUUCUGGAGCUCUCUUUCCAACAGAGGAAAGAAUUGUCCAGUUAUUUGAAAAGAAUACUUACUCUGUUGUCAACAUUUUUGAUGUAACAUUGCGCCCACAACUUAAUGUAACUGGUGUAGUUGAGAUUCCUGAAGGAAAUGGUUCGGGAGUAGUCUGGGAUGGACAAGGACAUAUUGUGACAAAUUAUCAUGUGAUAGGCAAUGCCCUUUCAAGAAAUCCAAGCUCUGGGGAAGUUGUUGCACGAGUUAAUAUUCUUGCAUCAGAAGGGGUACAGAAGAACUUUGAAGGUAGAUUAGUUGGUGCUGACCGUACUAAGGACCUCGCUGUCCUUAAGGUAGAAGCAUCUGAUGAUCUGUUGAAGCCAAUUAAAGUGGGGCAAUCUUCUUCUUUAAAAGUUGGACAGCAGUGUCUUGCAAUUGGAAACCCUUUCGGCUUUGAUCAUACUCUUACAGUAGGGGUAAUUAGCGGAUUAGAUCGUGAUAUUUUCAGUCAAACUGGAGUGACAAUUGGAGGUGGAAUUCAAACAGAUGCAGCCAUCAAUCCAGGAAAUAGUGGAGGUCCUUUACUUGAUUCUAAAGGAAGCCUAAUUGGAAUCAAUACAGCAAUUUUUACUCAGACAGGGACAUCUGCUGGCGUAGGAUUCGCCAUUCCAUCCUCAACAGUAGUCAAGAUUGUACCUCAACUGAUUCAAUUCGGUAAAGUUGCUCGAGCUGGUUUAAAUAUAGAAAUUGCUCCUGAUUUGAUUGCAAAUCAACUCAAUGUUCGGAAUGGAGCUCUCGUCCUGCUGGUUCCAGCCGAUAGUCUUGCAGCAAAGGCUGGAAUACUUCCAACAACAAGAGGUUUUGCCGGAAAUAUUGUACUUGGAGAUAUUAUUCUUGCAGUUGACGACAAACCUGUUAAAAGCAAAGCAGAGCUGUACAAAGUAUUGGAUGACUAUAAUGUUGGGGACAGGGUAAUGUUGAAGAUUCAGAGAGGUGCUGAGAAUUUAGAGCUCCCCAUUGUGCUAGAGGAGAAGAGUUCUUGAUAUAUUUAUUUAGUUGUACAUGCCAAUUGUUAAUGAAGAUAUAUCUAAUUUUUUUGAAUGAAGAUUACAUAAUUAUUUUGUGUAAGUAGUAUAUUUAAAAUGGAGAAAUGGAGGCCAUCGUGGAGGUUAAAUCUCGAGACAAUUAAGUAACUUUAUAUUUAAUAGUAAA